CACAACUACAAUUAAAUACAUUUAUUGAGUUUUUAGCAAGGCAAGGGUAUCCAGCCACUAGAACCUCAUUUCAAAAUGGCGCCAGCUAAACAGCGUAGUUCCAGUUCAGACAGUUCCAGUUCGGACAGCAGCUCCUCCAGUGACUCCAGUUCCAGCUCCAGCGGGUCUAGCAGCAGUGCGAGUAGUAAGUCAAAGAGUCCAGCACAAAGUCCAGCCAAGAAGAAGUCCCCACCACCCAAACCCAAACCCACCUCCACCAACGAGUCCCGCAAGCGAUCCCGCUCUCCUGCCCGCAAACCCCCAAGGAAGUCCCGGAGCCGUAGUCCUCGAAGACCACCAGCUAGGCGACCACGAUCACCUCCACGCCGCCGCAACUCUCCCAGACGCAGAACACCUCCACGGAGGAGCCCCCGCCGCGGACGGAGUCCAGCUCGCAAGAGAACUCCAUCUCCGAGAAAGAAGAGUCCUGCUGUUUCCCAAACUAGAAUAGCUAUCAGUCAGCUCAGUAGGAAUGUGCUGGAAGGUCAUGUAGAGGAAAUCUUCACCAACUAUGGCAAGGUAAACAGCUGUAGAGUAGCGAUUGACAAAGUCACCUCAUUCCACAAAGGUGUAGCGUAUGUGGACUUUGCUACUAACGACGAUGCUAAGAAUGCUGUCAAAUAUAUGGAUGGAGGUCAAAUAGAUGGACAGCCUGUUACUGUACAGUUCACACUGGAACGACAGGUCUCACCUAAACGCGUGGUUGCGCGUCGCGUCAGUCCGGGACCCCGUAAGCGCAGUCCUCCGCGCCGCUCUCCUGUCAGGAGAUCAUCUCCUCCCAGACGCAGGUCACCACGGAAAUCUCCGGCUAAAACUUCUCCUAAAGCCACUAGAAACAGGUCCAAGUCGUCAGCUGACCGUAAGAAAUCCCCCCGACGUAAAAGAUCAGUUUCCUCCUCAUCGUCCUCCUCUUCGGACUAAUAAAUAAAUUAACUAAUUGCUAUAAUUAGUAUUUAUAUGUGGUCAAUAUCAGCACAUUUAAUUUUCAAGUUUAAAUCCAGAACUAGAAUCGAAGUAUAUUUUUAUUCGUUUGAACACCGAACAGGCUGCACUUAUAUAUGCUAUUUAUUUAUUUUCUGCUUUAACUAUGAAGGUUCGAUUUUCUCAACAGAUCAUUUAAGACUAUUAAAUGUGUUAGAAAGUUAGAAUACUAAACUAUUGACCAAUCAGCUGUCUUUCUCACGAUACUAUGUUCCCUGAUUGGUCUAUGGCUUGGCUGGGGUUUUGCCAAGGCGGUAUCGCUCAUAAACCAAAGUUUGAUCAUUGAUGUAAACUGAUUGGUCAAUCGUUGUCACGUUUUGAAAGGAACAUCUGUCACAACCCUUAUCAAUUAGUUAAGCUGUUAAGCGUGACCUACGAAACAGCCUCCAUUUUGGUGGCUUCACCUAACGAGAAAUUAAGUAGGGCUAAUAAGCACUAAUGAAGUAUUCGUAGAUUGGUCACAUUUUGUGAUCUCCAAUUUCGUUCGGGGUUCUUGUCAAUUCUUUUGAUUGCUCAGAGAUACGGUGCUUUAACUUAUGACAUUUAAUUAAGAUUUGAUCUCAACUGCGUUCAAGAUAUACUAUAUUGGUCGUCAAAACCUCUCAAAGGUGGUUACUUCAUGCUAUUAGUUUGACAUUUUUAUUAAA